AUGGCUUACGAUCCACGCGGGGAUCAUGGCGCGUCAGGUGGACAUGAGUCUGGUGGCUUCGUGAGAGCUAGGGGUCGACGCCCUGUUACCGAUUAUGGCUCUACACUUGCGCAUUGGAUGCGCGAUCGUCAACCGCGAUUCAAGGGCGCAUCUAGGGGCGAAGCUGAACGCCCUAGCGCCAGCUAUAUCGUUGAUAUGCUACCACCACUAGCAAGAGUCACUAAUCCCGCGGACACAGUUCCUACAAAGCAUCUUCAUUCAUCUUUGAACAAGAUUAAGCAUCCAGUUAACGUUGUGCGAUGGACACCGGAAGGACGCCGACUACUAACCGCAUCAAGCAGCGGUGAAUUUACACUAUGGAACGGUACUGGGUUUAACUUUGAAACCAUUAUGCAGGCUCACGAUGUCGCGAUCCGGGCCUUGGCUUAUUCCCACAGCGACGAUUGGUUGAUAUCGGCUGAUCACGAUGGUAUCAUCAAGUACUGGCAACCGAAUUUUAACAAUGUACAGGUCAUACAAGGCCAUACCGAUCCCAUCCGAGACCUUGCAUUUAGCCCUAACGACUCCAAAUUCGUAACGGCAUCUGAUGAUUCCUCCCUCAAAAUCUUCGAUUUCGCUGGAGGUGUCGCUGAGUCAACUUUGCAAGGCCAUGGCUGGGAUGCUAAGAGUUGUGACUGGCAUCCUACGAAGGGAUUGAUAGUUUCUGGAUCAAAGGACCACUUAGUAAAACUUUGGGAUCCUCGAACUCAGCGGUGUCUAACCACACUUCAUGGACAUAAAAAUACUAUCACUAAAACUUCGUUUGAGCGUGUUAUGGGAUGGUGUCUUGCGACCUCCGCGCGAGACCAGACAGCUAGGAUAUUCGAUAUUCGAAUGAUGCGAGAUAUAUGUCUUCUGAGAGGACAUGAAAAGGACAUCUCGACUCUUGCCUGGCAUCCAAUUCACCCGAACCUUCUCAGUACUGGAGGUAGCGAAGGCUCUUUAUUCCACUAUAUUCUAGAUGAGCCAAACACCCCGGCCGGACAGGCCAUCAGCACGGCUGUCUACGAAAGCCCCGACCCCUUAACAGCACCCGCUCAAUCCAUAUAUCCAACUCACAAAAUCCCGUUCGCUCAUGAUUUUGCUAUCUGGUCUCUUGAUUGGCAUCCUCUUGGUCAUAUUUUGGCGUCUGGUUCCAACGACCGUAUCACAAGGUUUUGGUCCCGUGGUCGACCAGGUGAAACUGAUAUCUUCCAAGACAGGUAUCAUAUUGGUGAGGCAGCUGCUGAAGCUCAAGGUACCUGGGAUCGACGUGGCGGCCGUCGUCAACGUCAAGAAGAGGAAGAACAAGAACUUGAAGAUGAAGCGGAAGGUUUGGUGGAUCAGAAAAUGCCACUCAGGCAACCAGCGUCUGCGUUUCCAGGUCUUCCAGGUCUUUCUCUACCGGUUAACGGCAUUCCUCCACCACCGCCUCAAAUUCCCGGAGUUGGUGCUGCCUCAUUACCAAUUGCAGCGCCGCCCCCUCUACCAUUCCCACUCCCUGGUGCUGCUGGUGGACCACCUUUGCCUCUACCAGGUGGUUUGGAUCCUAAUAAUCCAGCCGACUUUGCCAAGAUAGCAGAGAUGAUGCAGAAAGCCGGAUUACCCCCUCCGCCUCCUCCCAACAUGCUUCCGCCAGGUUUAAUUCCGCCUCCGAAUUUUACGGUCCCUCCCGGAUUUCCGCCACCACCUCCAUUCGCGCAAGGAGGUGUCGAGAUGCAAGCUGAUGGUAGUAAUGGUGGUAGGAGGAGGAUACCCCUCCCUAGUCAAGAGGAAAGUUUACGAAUGGAACAGAAGAAAGGGAAUUAUACUCGGGUGCGUUAG